AUGGAAAAACUUAUAUCUCUAAAAAUUAAGGAAACUAAAGAGUGCUACUAAACAAUAAAAAAAAUUGGUGGUGGAGGAUUCGGGGAGGUAUUUAUAGCAAAAGAUUUAAAAAACAACUAAGAAUCAGGAUUAUAGGAUCGUUUAGUGGCGCUUAAAGUUUAAAAAUUAAGCGAACUUUGCGAUUGUAAUGAUAAGCAAUUAUCACAAUCAAUGCUUAGAUUGUUUAGAGAAAUUUUCUGUAUAUAGCUUUCACAUCCAAAUAUUGUAUAGGUUCAUGAAUCUUUCUUCUCAUAUGAUGGAAAUUUUGUUAUCGUAAGUGAACUGGCAAGGGAAAAUUUGUUUUAAUACGUUAAUAAAAAGGGUGCAGGUAAUUUACCUAUUAAUCAGAUAGCAUUUAUAAUGCUUGAUAUUAUUAGUGGUCUUGAAUAUGUACACUAAAAUAAUAUCAUUCACAGAGACAUUUCCCCAUAAAAUAUACUUGUAAUGGAUGACAAUACUUUUAAAAUAUGUGAUUUUGGAAUUGCUACUUACGGUGACAAUACUUAAAUUUCAGGAGGAAAAAGUAAUUACAUGGCUCCAGAGAUGUAUUAAAUGACUAAAAAUUAUGAUAAAACUAUUGAUAUAUGGUCUCUUGGAGUUAUUUUAUAUUUUCUCUGUACAGGGGAGUCCUAGAUUAAUGACAUACCUUUACACUUUGCCAAAAAUAUAACAGGUUAAAACAUUGACUUACCUGAGCAAUACAAUAUUUUCCAAGAAAUGUUAAAUAUAAUACUCUCAUUAGAUUCAAAAUAAUGA